GGGGAACCUGGUCUGGUUUGUCAUGUGAUGCUGUCUUUGUCUUUGCAGAGGCUUCUGUCAAAUGAAGAGGAGAAGAACAAAGCCAUUAUCCAAGAGGUCUGCUUUAUGAAAAAGCUUUCAGGCCACCCCAAUAUUGUGCAGUUCUGUGCAGCUGCGUCUAUAGGGAAGGAGGAGUCAGACACUGGGCAGGCUGAGUUCCUCAUCCUCACUGAGCUCUGUAAAGGCCAGCUGGUGGAUUUCAUCAAGAAGGUGGAAGUGAAAGGCCCAAUGUCUUGUGACACCGUGUUAAAAGUCUUUUAUCAGACCUGCCGCGCCGUGCAACACAUGCACAAACAGAAGCCGCCGAUAAUUCACAGAGACCUCAAGAGUGAGAACCUUCUCAUCAGUCAGCAGGGAACGAUUAAACUCUGCGAUUUUGGCAGUGCCACCACCAUUGCACACUACCCGGACUAUACCUGGUCAGCCCAGAAGAGAUCCAUGGUUGAAGAUGAGAUAACACGAAACACUACGCCUGCAUAUAGAACACCUGAAAUGAUAGACCUGUAUUCAAAUUACCCCAUCAAUGAAAAGCAAGACAUUUGGGCCCUGGGCUGCAUUCUUUUCUUGCUGUGCUUUAAACAGCACCCAUUCGAAGAAGGAGCAAAGCUUCAGAUAGUCAAUGGGAAAUACGCCAUUCCACAGAAUGACACCAAGUAUACUGUCUUUCACGACCUCAUUCGAUCUAUGUUAAAGGUUAACCCUGAAGACAGACUGCCGAUCACAGAAUUGGUGAACCAGCUGCAAGAGAUCUCUGCUGUCAGAAAUGUCAACCCUAAGUCUCCCAUCACUGAGCUGCUGGAGCAGAACGGAGGCUAUGGGAACAACGCCACACCCCGGACCUCCGUCUGUGCCCCACCCCAGGGGUCACGGCCUCCCGCGCAGAUCAACAACAUGCACAACGCAGGGGUUUAUGGUUCUGAGUGUGACCAGUCCAUGACUGGAGGCUUCUUUGAUAUCUUGAAAGGAGGAACAGAAAGGUUUUUGUCAAACAUCAAGGACACCUCAUCGAAGGUCAUUCAGUCAGUAGCUAGCUAUGCAAAGGGAGAUUUGGAUAUUUCCUACAUCACUUCAAGAAUUGCAGUGAUGUCCUUCCCAGCUGAAGGAGUGGAGUCUGCCAUUAAAAACAACAUUGAGGAUGUGAGGCUUUUCCUGGACUCUAGACACGCAGGCCACUACGCUGUAUACAACCUGUCCAAGCGAUCCUACCGGCCCUCCAGGUUUCACAACAGGGUUUCAGAAUGUGGCUGGCAAGCAAGACGAGCUCCCAACUUAAAAAACCUAUACAGUAUCUGCAAGAAUAUGCACCUCUGGCUCAAACAGGACCAAAGGAAUAUCUGUAUUGUUCACUGUCUGGAUGGCAGGGCUGCUUCCGCAGUUGUCGUUUGCUCUUUCCUCUGCUUCUGCCGUCUAUUCACCACGGCAGAGGCUGCAGUUUACAUGUUCAGCAUGAAGCGCUGCCCCCCUGGAAUCUGGCCCUCCCACAAAAGAUACAUCGAGUAUAUGUGUGACAUGAUGGCGGAGGAGCCAAUUAUUCCUCACAGCAAGCCUAUCCUCAUCAAGUCGAUCGUCAUGACCCCUGUACCCCUCUUCAACAAGCAGCGCAACGGCUGCCGGCCCUUCUGUGAGGUCUACGUGGGGGACGACCGGGUAGUCACUACCUCCCAGGAAUAUGACAGAAUGAAGGACUUUAGAACAGAGGAUGGAAAGGCAGAAAUACCUCUCGACAUCACUGUCCAAGGAGAUGUCCUCAUUGUUAUCUAUCAUGCCAGAUCCACUUUGGGAGGCAGACUGCAGGCUAAGAUGGCUUCAAUGAAGAUGUUCCAGAUUCAGUUUCACACAGGGUUUGUGCCCAGAAAUGCGACCACUGUCAAAUUUGCAAAAUAUGACCUGGAUGCCUGUGAUAUCCAAGAGAAGUACCCAGACCUUUUCCAGGUCAACCUGGAAGUGGAGGUGGAACCCAGGGAUCGACCAUGCAGCAAGACUCCACCCUGGGAGAACUUUGCUACCAAGGGCCUCAAUCCCAAGAUCCUUUUCUCUAGCAGGGAAGAGCAGCAGGAGAUCCUGACCAAAUUUGGCAAACCUGAGCUCCCCAGGCAACCUGGAUCCACAGCCUUUUAUGAUGCAGAAGCAGCCAGGUCAGACCAACCCCAGGAUGGCUCCAAUACUGAACCAGAGUCGCCGCAGAGCACCGACACUAAUGCCAAUAACUUCUUCCAGACACUCGAAUGGGAUGAUGGGAGAGGACGACAGGAUGUGCCUGAUGGACAAGCCGUCCCUGACAUGGUGGAAGAUCUAGAUGACAUUAGCGAGCCCUCGGAGGAUGAGUACCCCCCUUUCUCUGGACACAUUGGGGAUCCCAGGGGGGAGGAAGGGGAGGUCCCCUCGAGAGAGAACAGCCAGGCCCUCUUUGAGGUGGAUUUCCACAAGCCUUCCCAGGAUACCCUAUCGGAGGACAGCGUGGAUCUGCUGGGGCUCAACACAGACCCCCAGCUGGAAGCACCCACUGCUCCAGCCCCCCCGAGUGGGGGUAUGAAGAACUCCUCCAGCAAUGCCGACCUCCUCAAUGACCUUUUUGCCCCCACCAACAUCCCCUUAGCGCCCAGUGCACAAGGAAGCACUGAGGAUCUGAUUGGAGUAGACAAGGACGGGGAUUUGUUCUUCAGCGCUCCCACUAGUAACACACAGGGUCCACUGCCAGCUACCACAGCGCCACAGGCCCCUCAAACCACCGACCCCUUCGAUCCAUUUCGGAUCAGCUCCUCAGGGACGUCCUCUUCCACAGUACAGCAGCCAGGCCCCGACCUCUUCGGAGACUUCCUGAAUGCUGAGGGAACUUCCAGCAGUUUCCUGGGCAACCACCCAGGCCCGCCCCCCUCCUCCAGCUCAGGCUUCUUCAACCUCAACAAUUUGUCGUCUGAUUCCUCAAAAAUGGCGUCGUCUGCCAGCCAGCCUGACCUGCUGGGAGGCUGGGAAGCUUGGGCCUCUAAUUCCAGUAGCAGCAGUAGGAUUCCUUCCUCAAGCAGCAAACCUGCAUUCACAGCUCCUACAUCCGGUGUCUCUUCUGGCUCCUCCUUCGUUCAGCCCAAGUCUCAGAGCUUUGAUCCCUUUGCAGACCUGGGUAAUCUUGGCGCCACACUUCCAGGAUCUGCAAGCAGUGGGUUUACAGCCACCGGUUUCAACCAAAAGGUGAACCAGCCGCCCAAAGCUGCGAAUCAGUGGCAGGCAGGCCACCCUGCGACAGCAGGCAAGCCCUGGACACAGCAGCCCCCCAAGUCGCAGCCCCCCAAGCCCGCUGCCCAGCCCAAGCCCAACUACAACCUCAACUUCAGUGUAAUUGGUGGCCGAGAGGAAAGGGGAAUUAGAGGGCCCGGAUUUGGUCCCAAGCCAAAGGUGAGGGAGGAUGACUUUGAGGACCUCUUGUCCAAGCAGGGUUUUGCCACCAAAAUGGAGAAGAAAGGACCGAAGACCAUCGCCGAGAUGAGGAAACAAGACAUGGCAAAAGACAUGGACCCUCAGAAACUAAAGAUCCUGGAGUGGAUCGAGGGGAAGGAAAGGAACAUCCGAGCGCUGCUGUCCACGCUGCACACUGUCCUGUGGGAGGGGGAGUCCAGGUGGAGGCGAGUUGGCAUGGCAGAUCUAGUGACCCCAGAUCAAGUCAAGAAGUAUUACAGAAAGGCGGUGCUCGUGGUGCAUCCUGACAAGGCUACUGGACAGUCCUAUGAAGACUACGCCAAAAUGAUCUUCAUGGAGCUGAAUGACGCCUGGUCAGAGUUUGAGAACCAGGGCUCGAAAGCUCUCUUCUGAAACGGAGGAGCAUUGCUCGUGACCGUGUCUCAUAGUUCUGCAUCUCUGUGUUUUUGUGUGAUCAGGAAAAAGCAGAUAUUUUCAAUUUUUCAUGAAAGAAAGCCACUGGGCAGACUGUUUAUGACCAGGUGGCUUGAGGCUCAUACAGGUUCAGACAAUCAUUCAAGAAAAUGGUUCCAUCUUUCACAUGUCCGACCAUGUCGUCUUGAAAAACAGUUGCUAAUGCAACUGCAAUAUUUAACAUACACAGGACAAGUGCAUAAAUAUUGUGUUUAAAUUCCAUUAAAUUGUAAUUGGAAUUUGUUCUACUUCUUAAAUAUGCAUAGCAAACUCUUAAAUGGACUCAUCUAAUAUUUGUAUCACAUAGCUGGUGGUUCAUGGAUAAGGACUGUAAUGCACGUGUGUGCAUUACUGUUGUAGUUAAAAGGCUGAAAACGAAAAAUCUUGUAACAAAUGAUGUCACCAUGAAUUUUGCAAUAUGGAUGUGUGCAAAAUAGCGAUUGUUUUGGAGAUGUAUAAGUAAUAAUUUUAUGUUACCAUAGAAUAAUGUAAAAUAUUGUGUUAAUAAUGUGAUUUAUUAAGAUCUGAUUGCUGCUGAGCUGCAAACUCCUUGACAAAGGUUUUAGGAUCUUCACCAUCAUUUUUGCUAGUAGUUAUAUCAUGCCUUUAUCUUUCAUGUGGUUCAGCGUUUAUUUCAUAUUGCGUUUUCCUCAGUAUGGAUGUGGGAGGAAGCCACAAAAUAUUCUUACUUCACCUUUAAAGAAAGUGCAGUAUCCCACAGCCUUUAAAGUGCUUUCUUCACCUUUUUUAAUUCAUGGACCAAUUAAUUUUCUAUUUUCUAUUUUUUAUUUAUUUUGUUACACUUUAAUGUACAAGACAUUAAAAGAAAAAAAAUAAAUAUUAUGUGGAUUGAAUGUCUGUAUGUAAAACUGCUCAUGAGCCAGUACCUCUGGUGUAGAAAUCAUUCCAAAGGAACAUUAACGUGAAUGUGGUUGCUUAGGUCAUUGCAGGUUACAGCAACAUAGACAUACAUUAUUUUCCCCUAUGAAAAAUAUAUUCUUGUAUUCAAAAGGAGUUUUGCUGCAGUUACAUUUUGAAAUGAAAAUGAAGUUCUGUACCUAGUUGCAUUUAAAAAUUCUGCAUCUGAUCAUCAGAAAUUGACACUUUUAUUUUCAUUGGACUUACUAGAAUGAAAUCUUCUAGUGACCACAAAAUAACCUAAAGAUGAAGAAGUGAUGUACUACUGACAGUAUGAGUAUUCCAGCAAGGUACCAUUUUUAACUCUGCAAAAUUAUUUUCUAAUAUAAUGUGUGGCACUUCAGAAAUUUGGGAAAAUCAUUAUGAACCGAAAAAUUAGUCAAAGUGAAGUGCCCUUAAUAUUCUUGUAUAAAACUUUUAUAAAACCCAAUAAUUCUAAAACUUAAUAACCCUCUUAAUUAUAAGAUUGUGACAGUGGUCUUUAUAGCCACUAUUUAUUUUUCCAUUUGUUUAUAAAAUCAUUCAAAUAGAAAUACAUAUUUGGAGGAAAUAAAAACUAAGUAUAGCAAUUUUACUUUUUUGUCACGUACAAUUGUUUCUUCUUGUCAGACAAGUGCACAAACGGUAAUAAGCAAUUCUCCAAACUGGUAUAACUUUCUCAGCUUUAUAGUUUUUUUUAUUUUUCUGUUACAGUUGGAUUUAUAACUCAUAAAUUUAAUUGUUGUAAAUAGGAGUCUUGUGUCCCCUACCCUAUGUAAACUGUUGCUUACAGAGGCAAAAAAAGAUUUACAAAAAUCUCACUUCACCAAAUAAAAUUAUAUGAAUGUCACUUCUAAAAAACUCAUCACUGCACUUGUUCUUGGUCACAGUUAGUGUCCCUGAUUUCAUUUUAAAAAUGUAUUGAAGCCAGUUUUUACCAAUCCCUUAGCAAGCUACUUGCUGCAUGUUGGUGAUGUGAGUUUGUGUACAAAAGUAUUGUAAAGCAAAAAAAAGUAUUGUCAAAAUAAAGGGAAAGGGUUUUUUGUUUUGGUAAGUGUUAAGACUGUCACUAUGGGCAUUAUUGGCUAGGAUUGCUGGUUUUGUACUGUUUUGUCUCUAUCAUACAAAACUGGGCAGCUUGAGGAAAAUACAAUGAAGUCAAGAAAAAAUAUAUUUCUACAACAUUAAUGUGUAUAAUCAUACACCUAACAAUCAAUCAUUAAACCUGUACCAUCUCAUGUUGAUAUAAAUGAAAUGUUACAAAAAUAAUCUCCUUAAAAGGAUCAGUAAUUAUUACAACUGAAGAAGAUGAAAAGGGCAAUCUAUUUUGACUAUCUGAACAUUUCCAACUGUAGGCCCACAUGAUUUUUUGGAAUUCCUUAAGCUUAAUACUAAACAUAACUGUUUAGCUGCUAUUUGGAUAACAGAGACUAUAGGCUUGUAGAAAUAUCCAUACCAGCCUCUGACAUAUGUAUAUAUAGUACAAGAGCUGUAAAGAUGCAUUUUACAAGAAAGUUCACUUCAUUACAGCACUUUAUUUCAAACUAGGACAGUACCAGUAAAUUAUUCAGACAAACUUAAAUUCCCCAGCUAUGUUCUAGGCCUGCUGACAGCAUUUAACUACAUAGGUAACACUUCAUAUAGCCUUUUGUUUUAAAUUACGUCGUUAAAGGGUAACAUUUAAAAAAUACAUAUGCGAAUCAAAACCGCUUUGGUUCUUUAGAGGAGUAGUUCUCAACCUUUCUGAGAGUUCAGACCCUCUUUGAUUUCCAAACCUUUUGCAGACCAUCAUGUGCUACUAAAUGUUUUUACUCUUGUGUUAUAUGGAAAUGUAAUGUAACAACUAAUCUGUGCUCUGCAAACACCUUUAAUUUUGAAAACUAUUCAUUGCUUGAAGGUAUGUACCUUGAGUAACAUAAUGAGAUGGUGGUCCUGUCUCUAACUUCAAAGAUGGGAUGUCAGUCUUGAGUGAUGACAGUUUUCUCCUUAAAGUUGAUUCCACAUCACGUUUUUCUUUAUCACAGACAAACAAGGAGGGGGCAAACCAAAGACUGGGAACUGCUGCUUUAGAGUAUGCCAGUUUAUACUUGCUGCCCUUUCAGUAGAAAAUACCCUCUCAGAAAUAAUUGUUGCUAUAUAUUUACCUUCAGCACAGCCUUAUUGUUUUUAUUUUAAUAGGACAUUUAUAGGAAUAGUGUAUAUGAAGUGUAAGAUUAGAUUAAUUACUAGACAGUGUUAAGAAUGGACUUCCAUGUGCUAUCAUCCUCAAAGCAAUUGUUUAUUUUCAUUUGUUAUCUAUAUGAAUGGGAUGUCUCUGCCUCACAUAUCCAAAUUGGCUUUGAUAAUUUGGUGGAGAAACAAUGCGAUAGCCGUAUGUACUUCUUACAGACAGUAAUUAUAUUUUUAAAUGACCUUUUUCUGUUUUGAGUAUGAAGGGACUAAUAACAAACCUCAGUUUUUUGGUCAUGCCUUCUAAAGGUGUGAAAUAGUUUUUAAUAAAACGAGAUUAGUACAGUAUGUGGUAAUUCUCUAUAAAUAAGUGUGUAUAUACUGGUAAAUGAUUUCAAGUAUCUUAUGAUAUGGAAGAUUCUCUGCCAAUCUUGUACAAGAUUUAUGACCAAUAAAAUGCAAUUGGAAAACAA